UAGGACCGUGCUCGUGUCUGUGCGUGCAGUGACGCAUCCAUCCUCGAGCACCUCCCCUCCUCCCUGCUGUCACAUCUGGAGCUGGCUGCUCUCAUCAGCACCACUCAGCGCAGUGUAUGUGUGUGUUUGAGAGAGAGCGAGAGCGAGUGAGAGAGAGUGAGGGAGGGAGUAAACGACUGGAGAAGUGGAGACUGACUUGGUCGGCGUAGCCUCAUCCACAGCCGAACAGAAUCAAGGAGAGGAGAGCGGAAGGACAUCCCACGCCACCUUCUCAUCCGCACUCACAAAUAGGCUGUUUUGCAUCUCCUCUGUCCUCCAUCCGCGCGUCCAGGUUCUUUCCCCCCUCUCUCUCUUUCUCUUCCUUCCUCUUGCUGUGGGUAGCGUAUGAUGAGCUCCAGCCUGCUAGAAAACCCGGUGCAGGCGAUUCUGUACCUGCGGGAGCUUACCACCAUCGUCCAGAAUCAGCAGAGUCUCAUCCAGACCCAGCGUGCAAGAAUAGAAGAGCUGGACCGGAGGGUAGAUGAGCUGAUCGGCGAGAACAGACACCUGCGGGACGUCAGGAUACAACAACAGCAUCCUUAUCACCACCAUCACCACCAUCACCACCCCGACCCCAGCUGCCUUCAUCAUCACCACCACCAUCCCCAGGACCCCCCGCUCAAGACUAGUCCGGGGUCUUUGCCAGAUGCGGCUUCACCAGCACAAGUCGAGGCGGCUCCGGCUGUCCAGUCCUCGCCCACCCAACCUAUGGACCCAGGAGACAUGCAGCUGGUCCCAGCCGAGCCAUCCACAAUUUCGCCGGUUGAAAGUGAGUCCGAAAACGGUGGAAGUUGCCACAGCUGCCGCUCUUUGGUUCCGAUGACCCCGACAACCCUUUGUCGGUCUUUGGCCCUGGCCAGGAAAUCCGAGAGCGAGACUGUGCUGCAUCAGUUUUGCUGCCCCGCCCCUGAGCAUCCAGAGACUGAGACCACUAGCUCGUCCAGUGGACAGAUGCUGAGCCUGGAGGAUGGCACCUCCUCUGGGGACAGACAGGAAACAGAGGGUACCAAAAGGGAGGGACCCAGUGAGUACGAGAGCACCCUGGAGAAUAAAAACAAACAGAUAGAAGAGUUGGAGCAGAAGUAUGGAGGCCAUCUCAUAGCAAGGCGGGCAGCCCGUCGUAUCCAGACAGCCUUCCGUCAGUACCAGCUCAGCAAAAACUUCCAGAAGAUCCGCAACUCAUUGUCAGAAAGUAAGCUUCCUCGUCGGAUCUCUCUACGGCAUCCCAGCCCUUCGGGCAGAAACCGGAACGCAGCUCAGAGACACAGCUACACUCUGCAUCCUGGAGGAGGACAGAUACCUUUACGCUCUAAAACCCCCCCUCCACCCCCUUGCCGCUCCACGUCUCUGCCCCCAUCGUCUCCUGCGUCAGCCCCGGCACCUCCCCCAACUCCUGCCCCAGGCUCAGGCCCAGGACCUGGACCAGGCCCAGCACCACCCACACCUCAAACCCCAGGACCCUCACUCACACAACUGGAAGACUGCUUCUCUGAACAACUGCACUCCUUGGCGCAGUCAAUUGAUGAGGCCCUUCGUGGCUGGAGCUUGUCUGAGGGUGGAGAGGGCAAGGGACUGCUAAUGGACCCCGGGGCGCUUCGUGCAGCUGCUGAGAGUGCUUGUCUGCCACGUAGUGCCAGCUCGCUGCUCAUGGCGUUUAGGGAUGUUACAGUUCAUAUUGACAGCAAUAGCUCCUAUACCAUCUCCUCUGCCACCACCACAACCACCACCACCUCUUUGGGCAAUGCAGGUGGGGGACAACCAGGUAGCAGGAAGACUUCUGUGAGUGGAAUGGCUGGGGGAGGAGACAACCAGUCAGUGGAGGAGCCAGAGUUUCCUGCACCUCCGCCUAGUGAAGAGCUGGAAAUGGUUGAUCUAGGAUCCAGGAGGGGUUCAGCAGUGCCAACUGCAGGGGGAGGAGGAAUGGAAGGGGAGAACAGCACAGACAGACUGGGAUCCUCCUCCACUUCUACCUCUACUUCCACUUCCAUCUCCACCUCAGCCCAGACUAACCAACAGCCUGCCCAGAUUUAUACCCAGUACCAGCAGUACCACUACACUCAUCCCCAGCAGAUCUCCGGGGGGCCGAGCCCCGAGGCCCUGCAGGCUCUGGUCGUCUCUCUGCCGAGGGACCGCUGCCAGGAUCCAGCCUCUUGCCGCUCACCCACCCUGUCUACUGACACACACCGCAAACGCCUCUAUCGUAUAGGACUCAACCUCUUCAAUGUGAAUCCAGAGAGAGGCAUCCACUUCCUGAUUACGCGUGGUUUCGUCCCAGACACGGCCAUCGGAGUGGCUCACUUUCUGCUGCAGAGGAAGGGCCUAAGUCGGCAGAUGAUUGGGGAGUUUCUGGGGAACAGCAAACUGCAGUUCAACAGAGAUGUCCUUGACUGUGUUGUGGACGAGAUGGAUUUCUCAGGCAUGGAGCUUGACGAAGCCCUGAGAAAGUUCCAGGCCCAUGUCCGUGUUCAGGGAGAAGCACAGAAAGUGGAGAGACUCAUCGAAGCCUUUAGUCAGAGGUACUGUAUGUGUAAUCCUGACGUGGUGCAGCAGUUUCACAAUCCAGACACCAUAUUUAUUCUGGCCUUUGCUGUCGUCCUCCUCAACACUGAUAUGUACUCGCCCAACAUCAAACCCCAGCGAAAAAUGGGCCUUGAUGACUUCAUACGCAACCUAAGAGGUGUGGAUGAUGGAGCGGACAUCCCCAGAGAGAUGGUUGCAGGUAUUUAUGAAAGGAUCCAGCAGAGAGAGCUCCGCUCAAAUGAAGACCAUGUCACCUAUGUGAGCCGUGUGGAGCAGUCAAUCCUGGGCCUAAAAACUAUUCUCGCCGUGCCCCACAGACGUCUAGUGUGCUGCUGUCGUCUGUUUGAGGUGCCUGAUGCCAACAAACCUCACAAACAGAAACUGUCUCAGCUCCAGAGAGAGGUCUUCCUUUUCAAUGACCUACUGUUGAUCCUGAAGCUAUGUCCCAAGAAGAAAAGCUCUGCUUCAUACACCUUCUGUAAAGCUAUGGGUCUCCUAGGAAUGCAGUUUCACCUCUUCAGCAAUGAAUUCUAUGCCCAUGGUGUCACCAUGAUGAGCCCGUUUACUUCAGAGAAGAAGCAGCUGGUGAGUUUCUGCUCUCCAAGUGGAGAAGAGCUCAGGAAGUUUGCGGAAGAGCUCAGAGAGUCAAUCGCAGAGGUCAACGAGAUGGAACAGAUUCACAUCCAGUGGGAACUGGAGAGGCAACAAGGCAUCCAGCCACAUGGCUUACACACUAACGGUGGGCAAAUGGAUGCACAUGCAGGACACGGCUCUCCCUCAGGCCAGGAUGCGUACGAUAAAACCGGCAACAACAACACAGUAGAGGUGUCAAUUCACAACAGGCUGCAGACCUAUCAGCUGAGCCAGCCCAGCAUUGAGUCAACGCCACUGGCUCUGGCUGCGCCACCUGCCCUGCUCAGCCCAGUCCAGGCCGGAGAUCUCCGCCCAGAAACACUCAUCCAGUGCCAGCAGAUUGUCAAGGUGAUUGUCAUGGACCAGAGUGGGCGAGGACGGAUGGAGGCAUUCCUCAGCCAAGGCCCGGCCACCCAUCAGCUCAUCCAGUCGGCCCUGUCAACACCUGCGCGUGUCAGAGAGGGAGAUGGGCCUCAACCCCCUUUGCCACCACCUCCUCCACCUUACAACCAUCCCCACCAAUUCUGUCCACCCGACUCACCCAUGCCCCUUCACCACACCAUGCCUCUUACCCGCAGGCGCAACUCCAGCGGCUCCCGCAGCAUCGUUUAGGUCAUCAGCUGCGUAACAAACUCCCUGCGCCAGACAAGAUCCGCACACUCACACUCAACAAACACAUGCUGGAGCACAAGUUAGCUUACUUUGAAUAGUAAGACAAAAGAAGUGCAAAAAAAAGUAAAGUAAAGAUUAUAUUGUGUGACUUAAAUGCAUUCCUCACAAUUUAUUUAUAGUCUUAACUUGGCUGUGUGCUUUUUAAACAUGGAGUAGCUUUGAUGGUAUUUCUGAAAGACUUUUCUUCUUUCUUUUCUCUUCAGCCUGUCACCUGGUAGCAGCUGUUGUUGUCUGUCUGGAUUUCACGCUGUUGGGUGUAUGGUGACUUAGCAUUUUUAAAUGUCGCCUAUCCAACAAGUGUACGUGAGCUUGGAGUGUCAGAAAAAAGCACCCUGAAAAGACAUGACAUAUCUUAAAAAAAAGGGGAAGAUUCUGUUUUCUUUGAGGAUAUUGAUGUUCAUGGCAUCCCCCUGUUUUCAGUAUUACCACACUCAGUGAGGGAUCGUUUUGCAGCUAAUCUAACUACUUUAUACCAUAAUCAUUUUCCUUCAUCUCUGCAUAAUGUGAAGAAACAAGAGCACCAGCUUAUUUGUUUCUCCAUUUUCUAGGGAACUCAUAAUCAGUGUGUGUGAAAAAAGGCAAAGAAGAUAAAUUGCCGUACCGUCUCUACCACCUACGAGUUAGUGUAGUAAGCAAGGAUGCUGCUACUAACUAAACUAUCCUAAAUUAAUAUCCUGAUGACAAUCAUGAUUCGGUGCUUCACUGUUGCAUGAUUUUCUAAAAUUGAACAGAUAGCAGAUAUCCUCACAGUAUCUGUAUGCUGUGAUUCUGAAGUUGUGCUCUCACACAGCUCAGGAAAGAGUCUGCUGCAUUGCAACAUGUAACACUUUAUCUGCACCUCUGAGUUGUACUGAGGGGAGAGUGCUUCUGUACUGUUUGUUCAGCCUGCUUACCCAUGGGCAACAGGGAGCCAGGCUGGUAAUUUAUCCUAACCAAGGCUAAAAGAAGCCUUUCUCCUCCUGUCUAUUUACUCCAAACAGGUUGCCUUGUGCAUAGGGAUGUUACCUUUGGAUUUAGGGAAACCUAAAAAGAAAACGUUAUCCAAAAAUCAAAUAUACAUGUUUUUCUUAUGCUUUGUAGUGCUGUUUUUACAUCUAGAUUUUUUUUUCUUCUGGUUUGAGUUGCUCAGUUGUGGACAUGCCUGCCUUCUUUUGAAUGUAAUGGAGUUACUGUAGAUAGCACUUGCCUUGCACUGCUAAAAGUAGAAAAAAUGGCAGAAGGAAGCAUCUAUGACAAGAGGCAUAACCAUGAUAGGAUGUAAAUAAGAGGUCCCGGUGCUGAGCUGUAAUGUUUUGUACCUGAACACUUUUUUGGUUGGAUGUACAACUCAAUCCCCCCCCAAAAAAUUAAUAAAAACAUAAUGCAACAGUUUGCAGAUCACACAAUCCCAUAUGAUUAUCUACAAUAUAACAUAGAAAACAUACUAAAUGUUCAAAUUGAGGGAACCCCCCCCGAUAAUG